CGGAUAUAGUGACACUGUUACUUAUAAGUAGUAUUUUGAUGUCUCUGGUGGUUUAUACGUAUCCUGGUCUACGUAACAGUGAGAUGGUUUAAUGCACUUUUGCUACCGGUAAAAGAUGAAUUCGUUCGUGACUUUGUUGUUUUUUGUCUCGUGUGUGAGCACCAGCGCAAUCCCCUCUGUGGUCUUAAGGCCAGAGGUCAAGUUGAUAAACACCAGCUGGACGGUCUACGCUUGCCCGUCAGAUGGCGCUGCCGACGACCAGACGACAGCUUUCGUCCUGCCCGAUGGAAACGGUUACGUACGUCCCAAUGAUGUCGUGAUCAGCAAACAGGCAGGAGGGAUGAUGCACAAGAUUUCUCACUCUGCAUCACUUGGGACAUACGGCGUAUUUUUGGGAAAGAUCGCGGAACUAGAUGACGUGUUUGAACAAGUUAAUAUCUCUGAACCGUCCCAAGAAACAGAGGAGAUCGAAAGACCAGAGUCCCAAGAGAUCGUUCCUGAUUCGAACUUGAUCAAAACUCUUACCUCACGGAAUGGUUUGGUCUCUGGUAACACCACGGUUGUUAAAUUGAGAGGUAGAAGUAAAGUUUGGAAAUGCGCAGGGCAUGUUUACCAGGGCGAAAACGAGACAUCGCACGUGACUUUUUACUUGGUGAUUCCGCGAAGAGAGAGUGACCACAUCAAUGUAGAUGACGUAUUGGUGGGCAGUUCUAGCGGCGGUUUUCUGGAAAAAGUGACAGAAAUUGUGACCAUCCCUUCCCCGUGGAGAACGAAGUUCGUCCACACCGAAUUAUUGUUAUGUGGAAACCUAGAAGACUCAUCAGAUGUAUUUCGGAUUAAUGAAAUUCGGAGAGGCUUACAAUAUACCUCUUGCGUUGGUGGAGAUGGAAUCCCGGGCCUUCAAAUGUUCCAGAGACGGACUCCACGAUCAGUUUCAGUUGGUAGCGUUAUACCUGGAAGACCCUCACAAGAGUUUGCUGCAAAGGUACUCCAAAGUUUCCAGAAAGAUGGCUACAACUUCUUUGAAGUUUCUCCUGUGGAAUCCAUUGAAGGCGGGGAGGUGACUGUGGCGAGCACGGGUAUCACGACAGAUAGACAUGCAAGACAGAAGAGAACGACAUUCACAGCGGGAAAAAGAUUCAAGGCAACGUUUCCAGUAACCCUAGGGAAGGUUAAGGCAAAGAUUGCAUAG